AUGCCCCUUAUCCUGCCUGUCCCCGGGGAAGGCAGUCCCCCUGCAGCUCCUCUGGGAGCACAGUGCUCACCCGUCUCCUCGGACCCUAGUCCCGGACCUUCUUCUGGAAGUUCUAAGCCAUUCUCCUCCCUCGGUCCACCUUGUAUUGGAAGGCAAAAUCAGGAGAACAGGCAGCCAGGGCUCCUGGGAAUGAGGAGGGUCAGGGGCCAAGCCUGCCCACAGCUCUGGAAAGUUCUGGAAGGCUCCUGCCUUGGGACAGAUAGGCCUUUGAGACCUCAUCCUCCAGAUCGUCAUCUUUAUGACAAAGAUGCCGUGCCCAUCUGCAACACUUUUCCACGCAUAACCAUAAGGCACCCUACUCUGUCCACAUAUCCCCUGCCCCUGAGAACGUAA